AUAACAAAUUAUCAAUCUGGUCAUGAUUUCGAAUUAAUUACUCGAAAAAUUGCAGAAGCUUUUGGAUUAUUAGUUUAUGAAAUUAAAGUGACACAAGGAGAUAAUGGAAUCGAUAUUAUUGUAACUUAUAAAGAAAAAGUUAUUCUUAUACAAUGUAAAAAUAUUGAAACAUCUAUUUCUGUGCAAACAGUACGAGUUUUUGAAUCUGCUAUUUCAAGAUUUUCAUCUGAUUCUCUUGGAAUUAUUGUUUAUAAUAGUAAAAAGUUAAAAGAAAAAAAAUAUGCAACUGUUAAAGCAAAACUUUGGGCGCAAACAUCUAAAAGAAAUAUUAAAAUUUGUAAUGAAGAAGAGUUUGUAAACAUUAUUAAAGAUUUUUAUGAAUCAGAUGAUGAUGAUUAUAUAGAGUUAGUUGAUUAUAAAGCUGACAGUUUUAAUAUUAAUAGUUUAUUAGGAGAAAAUGUUUCUAUUG